AUGUCUCAGUUCAAAGAGUUUGAGGGUGAGUUCCAGCCAGUAAGAAAGUCCACACUAUCAGAGAUUCGGGCCGAUAAAUUUCUUCUGCGGCUCAAUCGUGAACGACAGUUAAAAAGAGAUGAAGAUGGUCAAAAGCCUGUUGCUUCUCCGAACAUGCCAAACAACGUUAUUAUGUCGAAACAGGAGAUUCUUCUGAAAGAGCUGGUACCUCCAGACUUAACUGCUCAAGUUCCCAAGAAACGGAGGAUUCAAUUGGUUGGAACAAACAAACUCAAGAAAAAAUUGGAUAAGCCAAAGACCUCGAAAAGGAAGGUGAUGUUGGUGGGUACUAAAGCAUUGAAUGAAAUGCUAGACAGAAAGAUCGAACAAAAGAAACAGCACAUCAACCCCGUAGAUGUGGAUGAUAUGCCUGUGAAGAGGCUGAGGAUUAUGUUAAUUCCGUUUCCACAAUCUGAAGCGGAGUCUGAUGAUGAGUUUGUUGAUGCAUCUCUGCAAUUCCAUGAGAUAGAUAAACAUGAAAUGGAGAAAUUGAAACCAACACAGAAUGAGGACACCACUCGUGUAGAGGUAGAAGCAUCUGAUUCAGAUGCUUCAAGGGAGGAUUUCGAAACCGCUGCUGCUGAACCAGAUACCCUCCGAUUCGUGGACGAUGAGGAUAGUUUGAAUAUGGAAGUCAGCAAUGAGAAAUUGGAAGCAAAGCACGAAGAAAAUGAAUUGUCUGGUGACGAGAAAUAUCGAGAUGGUAUUGAUGUCGAUGAAGACGUCAAUAAAGAUGUCAAUGAAGAUAUCAAUGAGGAUGUCAAUGAGGAUGUCAAUAAAGAUGUCAAUGAAGAUGUCAAUGAAGAUGUCAAUGAAUCCAACGGUUCAGAUGAUAUUCAGGACUGUCCAAUCACUGCUUCUGAUAUUGAAACAAUGAAGAAGAUCAUCAAACCACAGAUAUCUGGGUUAGAAUUUCCUCUUCUACACAAAUCUUCGCUUCACGCACCUUACAAGGAGAUAUAUUCUAUUCUAGAACACACCGUCAAAGAUUUGGAAGGACAUUCAACACUCUUAGUUGGUCCAAGAGGCUCAGGAAAGACGUAUAUUGUUGACAGAGCCCUUUCACUUCUUCGAGUGAAGCACGAAAACCUGUUCAUUACCGUCAAGUUGAAUGCCCUUCUUCAUUCAGAUGAAAAGUUGGCUAUCCGAGAAAUUGCGAGACAGUUGGAUAACCACUCUCGUCUAGUCAAUGGCGAAGACAACUCGCGCACAUUUGAGCAGAGAGCAAUCAAUGAUACUUUCACUAAUAUCUUGCUCACACUUGACAGUAAUGCCCCGGGAAAGCCUCAAGAAGACAUUAAGGAGAGGUAUGUGCCAGUGAUAAUUGUAAUUGACGAGAUUGAAAAGUUCACUGGAGGGGCAAAGCAGACUUUGCUUUACAAUCUUUUCGAGCUAUCACAAAGCUCAAGGGUUCCUAUUUCGGUGAUUGGUAUUUCUACGAAAAUUACUACAAGAGAGCUCCUUGAAAGAAGAGUUAAGAGUAGGUUCAGUCAGCGAAUCAUUUCCAUUCUACGGCCAUCAACCAUCGAGGAAUUCUGGAAUAAUGUGAUGCUUAACUUGACGGUCGCACCCAAAGAUACAGCCAAAUUCACAAAUCCCAGCUACGCCCAGCAGUGGAAUCUGCAUGUUCAGACAUUAUAUUCUUUGCCCAGUGGGUUGAAAAAGGUGAUUUAUAAAAUAUUUUACACCACCAAGAACUAUAAGGAUGUUUUUACUUGCUGCCAGUUACCAGUGGCCAGUAUCACUGUCAAAGAACCGUUUCCGCAGUCAGACAAAUUCGAAAUAUACUUGAAUCAGUUGUCUCCCGGAUAUGCCCAGUCCAUAGUGGAAUCGCUUUCGAAUUUGGAAUUGCUUCUAACAAUAGCAGCGGCUAGGUGGAUAGAGAAAGUGGAUGUGCCUCUGGUGAACUUCAACUUGGCUUACAAAGAAUAUGCGGACAUGAUGAAACAGGCAAAUAUCGAAGCAACAGCCGCUUCGACCAAUUCAGCAUCGGCAGACAGUACGAUCUUCUCAAGCUUCAAAGUGAAGCAAAAAGUUCGGUCAUCCAAGGUCAUGAGGGACUGCUGGGCAAAUCUCUACCACAUGGGAUUAUUAUUUGACCUUAUCACCAGUAAUAAUGAGGUCAAUGUCAACAACAACUACAACAUGUACAAGAACAUGGUGAUCGAGGACUCUAAAAUGCUCCAGCUAGAUAUAUCCUUGGAGGAGCUCGGGCUGCUAAUUCCUGACCUGGAAUCGUACAAAAAGUUGACUAAAUUGUAA